AUGGCAGACGGUGUGAAGAGGCUGGCCAAAAGCGAAUCUUUUCAAGCGCUGCAGGAUAAAGUCACCUACUGGGUGGCUGACUACCAAACAAACUCCUGUGAUCAAAAUCUAAAUUAUUGCAUCGAACUCAUCGAACAAGUUGCCAAAGUGCAGGCACAACUCUUUGGGAUCCUCACAGUGACAGCCCAAGAAGGGGGACAUAAUGAAGGCGUGGAAACGAUCAAGAGUCGCCUUUUGCCUCUGCUGCAGACAUCCUUCAGUUCUGUAAACAUGGGGAAAGUUAUUGAGACUGAGAUCCGUCCUAUACAGGAUUUCCAGCUUAGAAGUAAAACCAGAGACACUUCUUUGGACCCGGACCAACAGCAAUCAGACAGUGAAUCGAUCUUAGAGAGUCAACCAAACCAGGUUCAAGACGAUUUGGCUGAAAGUGGAAAGACUCUUGAAGGAGGCAAGAACGGAUCAACCAUAUCCCUCCUGGCUGCCGAGGAGGAGAUAAAUCAGCUAAAAAAGCAGCUCAAAACUCUGCAAGCCCAGGAGGACGCCCGCCACAAAAGCUCGGAGAAUCGUCGCAAUGAAGCGCGCCGAGCUUCCGGCAAACGGGCCGCAGACCAACGGCCCCAAGACAUGGUGUCCAACUAUGAGAAACACCUGCAAAAUCUGAAGGACGAGAUAGCUGUCUUGUCUGCUGAAAAAAACGGUCUCCAGGGAAGGUCUGGCAGGAGCCGGUCUCCUAGCCCUGGUACCCGCGGCCGUCGCCGCGGCCGCAGCCGCAGUCACAGCCACAGUCGCAGUCGCAGCCGCAGCCACAGCCAGAGCCAUAGCAGGUCCAACAGCCCCUGCACUACAGUGGCCAAGAUCAGAAGCCCGUCCCCAAACCGUGCCAAAAUGUCCAGCGUGGCACGCAAAGCCGCUCUCCUGUCCCGAUUCAGCGACGCCUAUUCCCAGGCCCGCCUAGAUGCGCAGUGCUUGCUGAGGCGGUGCAUUGACAGGGCUGAGACGGUGCAGCGCAUCAUUUUCAUCGCCACAGUGGAGGCAUUUCAUGUAGCAAAAAUGGCAUUCAGGCACUUCAAGGUCCGGGUGAGGAAGAUGCUAACGCCGUCGAACGUGGGAAAUAGUGACUUUGAGACUGCCGUCUCCGAAUAUAUCGUUUGUCAUCUGGACCUGUAUGACUCUCAAAGCAGUGUCAAUGAUGUGAUCCGUGCCAUGAACGUCAACCCCAAGAUCUCAUUCCCUCCUGAGGUGGACUUCUGCCUCCUCACUGAAUUCAUCCAGGAGAUUUGCUGCAUUGCUUUUGCAAUGCAGUCCUUAGACCCACCCCUCGACAUUGCAUUUGGGGCGGAUGGAGAAGUCUUUAACGAUUGCAAGUACCGCCGCAGCUAUGACUCGGACUUUACUGCUCCCUUGGUCUUUUAUCACGUGUGGCCUGCUCUCAUGGAGAACGACUGUGUCAUUAUGAAGGGAGAAGCUGUCACCAAGAGAGGGGCUUUUUGGAGCUCUGUGCGACCAGUAAUGCGAUGCCGUAGCAGGAGCUUAAGCCCCAUUUGUCCUCGUAGUCGUUUUGGAAUAAGCACGGUAUCUCGAAGUCGAAGUCCUUCUCCAAUAAGAUGUACAUUCGCAAGGUAUUGA